AUGCUUCUUAUGCAUGUUUUCACUCUUCAGAAGUUUCAUACAUCGGUGAAAAAUUCUGAAAAUGAACUCGAAACGUCCCAAGAGGGUAUGACUCAUACUGAUUUUCAGAAGUUUCAUACAUCGGUGAAAAAUUCUGAAAAUGAACUCGCAAAACGUCCCAAGAGGGUAAUUAGUAUGACUAAUACUGAUUUUCAGAAGUUUCAUACAUCGGUGAAAAAUUCUGAAAAUGAACUCGAAACGUCCCAAGAGGGUAUGACUCAUACUGAUUUUCAGAAGUUUCAUACAUCGGUGAAAAAUUCUGAAAAUGAAUUCGAAACGUCCCAAGAGGGUAUGACUCAUACCGUAAUGGAUAAUUUAUGUGGGUGGGCUUUGAACAGAAAGCUAGCAGAGUUAUGUAAAGUGUUUGAAGAUAAAGAAGAUGAAGGAGCUUUUGAAUCUAAGCUUUCAUAA